CAAGCGUUGAGAUGAAGGAGGCGGAGCCGAGCGGCGCCACGGUGCGCAGGCGCAGCCGUCGGUGGGUCGGUGCUCUGUCGCCUGAGAGAUCUUGAAAUCCCAGGCACGUCCUCCUGUGGCUCAAGAUGGACAACAAGAAGCGCCUGGCCUACGCCAUCAUCCAGUUCCUGCACGACCAGCUGCGGCACGGCGGGCUCUCUUCUGAUGCCCAGGAGAGCCUGGAAGUUGCCAUUCAGUGCUUGGAGACGGCGUUCGGGGUGACAGUGGAUGAUAGCGACCUUGCGCUCCCCCAGACCCUGCCGGAGAUAUUUGAAGCAGCUGCUUCAGGCAAGGAGGCGCCACAGGACCUGAAGACCCCUGAGCGGACCCCGCCUUCCGAGGAGGACUCAGCUGAGGCGGAGCGCCUCAAAACCGAAGGGAAUGAGCAGAUGAAGGUGGAAAACUUCGAGGCCGCUGUGCACCUGUACGGCAAGGCCAUUGAGCUGAACCCCGCCAAUGCCGUGUACUUCUGUAACAGAGCGGCAGCCUACAGCAAGCUGGGGAAUUACACAGGCGCUGUGCAGGAUUGCGAGCGUGCCAUCUGCAUCGACCCAGCCUACAGCAAGGCCUACGGCCGCAUGGGCCUGGCACUGUCUAGCCUGAACAAACACGCGGAGGCUGUGGCCUACUACAAGAGGGCUCUGGAGCUGGACCCCGACAAUGAGACCUACAAGUCCAACCUCAAGAUAGCAGAGCUGAAGCUCCGGGAGGCCCCCAGCCCUACGGGCAGCGUGGGCGGCUUUGACAUUGCUGGCCUGCUGAACAACCCAAGCUUCAUAAACAUGGCAUCAAGUAUAAUGAACAGCCCCCAACUCCAGCAGCUCAUGUCCGGGAUGAUUUCAGGCAACCACAACCCUUUGGGGACCCCCGGCACCAGCCCUUCACAGAACGACCUGACCAGCCUCAUCCAGGCGGGCCAGCAGUUCGCACAACACAUGCAGCUGCAGAACCCCGAGUUCAUUGAGCAGCUGCGCAGCCAGAUGCGCAGCCGGACUCCCAGUGCCAGCAACGAUGAGCAGCAGGAGUAACAGGCAGCCGUGCCAGUGCCAUCCCAUCCUUCCCAGCUGACAGGAGCCUUCCUGUGUUUUGCCAUUUUCUCCCAUCGGGCUGCUCGGAAAAGCAGACAGUGAAGUCGGGCCUGCACGUUAGGAUGGACCCUGCUGUCCCUGCCCUACUGCCCCUUCGUCCCUCCAUGGCCCAAGCCCUUUCUGAGGAAACAGCCAGCAGGCCCAGUGCCGACCAGCAGCAACCUUCCUCCUGGCCCCAAGAGCUCUGCAGUCACUGAGUUGGGCCCCCUGUAGUCCCUGCCGCCCUUUGAUCUGUCCUCAAGGACUUUGAGAGCCACCCUGACCUCGCAACCUGGGGCAAGCUCACUGCCAGCCCCAGCUUGGGUGCCCAGCCUGGACCUCAUGUGCCCCACCCAAGGGCCUCAAGCUGCAGCGCCUGAUGCGACUCCUGCCCUGGGACACCCUGCAGCCCAGUGUGUGGACAGGCUCGCUCCCUGCAGUCCUCACAACCAACAGCUCAGCACAGCCUCUAGCCUGUGCAGAGGGACCUGCUCUGGCUCCUCUGUGUCCCCUCCUGUCCUGCUGCAGGCAGGGACCCUUCGGCUCACAGAGCAUGGGAGCUGCUUCUGGAGGAACAGCUCCUGGCAAGUGUGGCCCUCGCAGACAUCCCUGUGACCUUGUUGGCUCCUGUGCCACUGGACAGACAGACCUGAGUCAGGGUCUCGGGCUGAAUGUGAGGCAGCAGCGGUGUGUGUCAUAGGAGGUGGUGGCCGUCACCGCAGCCCUCACCAUCUGGACGUGGCAAGCCUGUCGCGUCUGCUGGAACUGUGGGGAAUAAACAGACCUGGUGACCUCUCA